AUUUAACGCAAUGAUAUCUAAUAGGAAUUUAAUUAAUAAAGAAAAAUUGAUUUUUUGCAUCGCAGUUUAAUAUAUUAAAGUACUUCAUAAUCUAACUGGUAACCAUAUAGAAGUUCUUGCUGAAAAGAAAAAUGUACCAAUAGUUAAUGUGACAAAAGACUUUCAAAAUGUCAAACAAACUCGAUGAUUAUGAUGUUUUAUCUAUUAUUGGUACUGGAUCUUAUGGUACAUGUAAAAAAGUUAAAAGAAAAUCUGAUGGAAAAAUUCGGGUAUGGAAAGAACUUGAUUAUGGAUCAAUGACAGAUUCAGAAAAACAGCUUCUUGUUUCUGAAGUUAACCUUCUACGCGAACUUAAACACGAAAAUAUAGUUCGAUAUCACGAUCGAAUAAUUGAUAAAGCUUCAACCAAAAUUUAUAUUGUUAUGGAAUAUUGUGAAGGGGGAGAUUUAGCUAAUUAUAUAAGCAAGCACAAGAAACAGAGAUGUUAUAUUGAUGAAAAAUUUAUUUGGAAAGCAAUUUUUCAAUUAUCUUCUGCUUUAAAAGCCUGUCAUAAUUGUGCAAAAGCUGGAAGCACAGUUUUACAUCGAGAUCUUAAACCUGCAAAUAUAUUUCUUGAUGCAAAGAAUAAUUGCAAACUUGGUGAUUUUGGAUUAGCUAGAGUGCUACAUCAUGACACAAGUUUUGCAAAAUCAUUUGUUGGAACACCAUAUUAUAUGUCACCUGAACUUGUGAAUCGUGCACACUACAAUGAGAAGUCUGAUAUUUGGUCUCUUGGAUGUUUAAUAUAUGAAAUGUGUGCUCUUGUGCCACCAUUUUUAGCAGCAAAUCAAAAUCUUUUAGCAUUGAAAAUACAGGAUGGGUAUUUCAAGCCGAUUCCAUCACACUAUUCAAAAGAUAUACAAAGACUUAUUGAGCUUACACUUACUGUUAAAGAACAUUUGAGGCCAUCAAUUGAAGAUAUACUUGACAGCCAGCUUUUAAAAGCAAAUGUGAGACAUCUGCAAGAAUUUCAGAAACACUUAACAAAAGAAGAGUUGUUACAGAUAAGAGAAAAGCGACUUGAUGAAAGAGAAAAAGAACUCAAUAGGCGGGAACAAAAUCUACAAGAAAGAGAACGUAUUGCAGAUGAAAAGCUUUCCAUUGUGGAGAAAACUAUUAAAAGUUAUCAGCUUAGUGAUAUCAAUUGCAAUAAUAAAGAAAACUAUUCUUAUAUCAAUCCUGCAAUAAAAACAUUUGAUCCUGAUAUCUUAACAAAAAAACGGAUAGUAAAUACUCAUCGUGCUCUUCGAUAUCUCGAUAAUAAGACUAACCCAAACAUGAAGUAGAAGUUAAAGAUAAAAUAUUUUUCUUUCUUCAAAUAACGCAGGUUCUUAUUAAAUUUAUUAGAAAAGACAGUGUUUUGUCAUCAUAUAAUUGAAGUUGGAACUUCCUGUGUUAUAUAUUAUCGGUUAUAAUUUAUUUUCUAAAAAUAAUUUAGAAAAAAUAAGUGCUAUUUUGUAGAUAUUGAAUCUAGCUUUCUAUAUUUAUAUAUAUUUAUAUAGAAAUGUAAUUAAAUAGAAAAUUUUAUAAAUGUUCCAUAUUUUAAA